UGUAUAGAAUCACCAAGGAGAACGCUAUAGGUUCCGUACAACCCAUUCAUUUGCAGUGCCAAAGAGAGAAGGAGAAGAAGAAAAAAGAAAAAUGGCGGAAAAAGCAUGGAAAAACGAAGAAUCCGAAAAUGAGAAACAAAAUAGUAUCAGUGUGGUUGGUAUGCAAUUUGCAUACGAAGGACAAUCUCCUCUCUUCUACGGUUUCAAUCUCAAUACCCUUCCAGGAUCUCGCUACCUUCUUGUCGGGGCUAAUGGAUCUGGAAAGACCACUUUGCUGAGGAUUCUGGCGGGUAAGCAUAUGGUAGGAGGAAGAGAUGUAGUGCAAGUGCUAAAUCGUUCGGCUUUUCAUGACACUCAAUUGGUUUGCAGUGGUGAAUUGGCCUAUUUAGGCGGUUCUUGGAGUAAAACUGUUGGAUCUGCUGGAGAGAUUCCACUCCAGGGAGACUUCUCUGCAGAACAAAUGAUAUUUGGAGUUGAAGGGAUUGAUCCUGCUAGGAGAGAAAAGUUAAUUGAUUUGCUUGAUAUUGAUCUUCAAUGGCGUAUGCAUAAGGUAUCUGAUGGACAACGGCGUCGAGUCCAGAUCUGUAUGGGUCUUCUUGUUCCAUUUAAGGUUCUUUUACUAGAUGAGGUCACAGUUGACUUGGAUGUUGUUGCCAGGAUAGAUUUGCUAGAGUUCUUCAAGCAAGAAUGUGAACAGAGAGGUGCUACAAUUGUAUAUGCAACUCAUAUUUUUGAUGGAUUGGAAACAUGGGCAACACAUUUAGCCUACAUUCAGGAUGGUGAACUGAGGAGGGCCAAGAAGUUAACAGAAGUUAGUGAGUUGAGAAGUUCUGCCAAUCUGCUCUCAGUCGUCGAGUCCUGGCUCCGCUCUGAAACAAAGAGCGAGAAAGAGAAACCAACUAACCCUCCUCCUGAAAAGCAAAAGACCUCUCCCUUUGGUGCUUCUCCUUUUAUGUCAUCCAGACACAUGGCCUACUAUCGCUAAUUUCUCCAGUUUCAAAUUCCAAGCCAAAUGUGCAAGAAAAUUGGGGAAGAGUACAGUGAAUCAUACUUUCAAAUGAUGGAAAACGCAAAGACACCAAGAGGCCAGGACUUCAUGAGAAAAUUGGGAAAACUUAUUGACGCCUGAUUGUAUGCUAGAUUAUUCAAACUUCAAAUGAUGCAGAAAUUCUCUUUCCAGUAGCUGUCUGCAGAAAUGGGGAUAACGUAUCGCAGAUAAGGCUUAACUGCUGGCUUUUGGUUUGGUGGUAGAAAUGGUAAAGAAAUAAUUAUGUACCCUCAGCAAAUGUAGUUUGUAACCAAUUACCAUGUUAUUCUUGUUGGACAGGUUUUAUGCCAAUGUUGUAUUCUACAAUGUUAGCAAAAUCUUUUCCACUACAUAAUUAGAUCUCCAUUAUGUGAUUAGUAA